GGUGACAAUGGCCGAGUACACUUUUCCUUAUUGGACACUUAUGCUUUUGGUCGUUCCAGCCGACUACCCCCCUAUGACACAGAUGUAGACUCGGGAUCGAUCGACGAUGUCAAUUUGUCCAAACACGUGGUCGAUCAACCGCUAUUCCGUAUCACCCCGGAUGGCGGUAUAGAGACCUUAGUCGAAUUGGACCGGGAAGCGGUGCCCACAUAUCUACUCAAAAUCGGGGUGCAUGAUCGGGGUGCUCAACCUUUGGCCAGUACGACAAUGCUCCGAGUCGACGUGCUUGAUGCAAACGAUAAUGCUCCCGUGUGGGGAUUUCCCACGCUCACCGAUCGGACUGUUAAUCUGACCACGGGAAUGAAACCAGGCAGUUUGGCCGGUCGAUUGCGAGCCGAUGAUGCGGAUGCUGGCGAUGCUGGUCGGGUGGAUUUCCUAUUCCUCGGCCCCCGAGGAGAACCGCUUAAAGCGGUGACCAUUGAGGAGGGAUUAUUGAACAGUUUGGCCGUACUGACCAAUCCCCGUGCGGCUGGAUCAUCAUCAUCAGCCCAGGGUGCCACAGCGAGCGUGACCACGACAACAACACCAACCAGUUCGUCCGGUGAUGGUCGAUCACAAAGGGGCAGAAAUUCGGCGCAGUCAGCACGAUCCAAAUCACGACCGGAAGAGAAUGGCUAUCGUAUGGGCCCGUUGUAUUUGAACGGUUCGACUGGGGAAAUUUGGAUAGCAGAACCAUUGACCGCGGGCACAAUCAAUCUGCAUCUGCGCGCCCAAGAUCGGGGCAAACCACGAACCCAGACAGACGCAUGGCUGACAAUCCAUGUGUUUGUUGACCCGAAUGAGGAUCCGAGCUUUUUCAGUCUGGGAGGGGACGGAACAUUGAAUAUCACCAUCAUUUUAGUAAUGAUUACCAUAACAGCCAUCGUCUCCUUGUUCCUGAUUAUUGGCAUUGUUUGUGUACGUCGAAGACCGAAUCGAUAUGUGGGCAAUCGGGGAAAUACGAUGACAGAUGGUUCCCUAUCACCCGGGCAUCAUGCCACUUUGAAUUACUCAAUGGAUCCACAUAAAGAGGGUUUGCCCUCCGCCAUGGCGUCCACUGGUUGGGCAUCUCCGAUGAGCAUGUACGCUGGAAAUCAGUUCAUGGCCCCAGCUGGCUCUAUGGCUGGAACCGUUCUAGAUGACGUCUCCUCUCAUAAAUUCACGAUUCCCUUUUGCCCUGAUUCCAUGAGUAAUAUGUCCGAUGAUACUGCUGCUCCUGCUGCUGAUGUAUGGAUGCCGUAG